AUGCUCAGCACUACGACUGUCUUCAAGGAGGCACCAUGUAAAGCGGCUGCCUCUGACAGAGGCACCUGGGUAGGUAUAGCGCUGAUGGUUGCAUUCAAGUCUCCUGUGGGAUUCGAGAUAGCCGAAGUAUUUUGUUGUGUGAUCGCUGCUGGUGCUGGAGUAGUUGAGAUUGCACCGGAGGUUGUCAACAAUGAACUUGGAUCACUUGAUGUUGUUCUGCCCAUCGUAGAGGUUGAUGGCGGACCGUCCAAUUUGUCUCUCAUUCGACCAGAAGUCAUGGGGAACUCUCAAUCGUCUUCAGCCACGCAAUUCGCUCCUGUGGGAGUGCCGGCACUACCGUCCGUCAAACCCUGCUACCUGUCCGGUGACCCGGACCUGUAUGGGAUUGGUAUACGGUUUGGCUUCUAUUUCCAGUACGCUGCGGCCGUUAUUGUCAUCUUCGGGAAAUUCGAUAAACGUUUUGUCGGUUGGCUGGCGGGAUUUGUCCUCCUCGCCACCGCAACGUUCGUCAGUCUCUGUAUCAACUCCACAGCAGAUACUCUUGUCAUCAUGGACUGGUCCAUUGUGGCCGAUCAUGAGGCGAGAGAGCGAAAAUGGUUGAAUGAGAGCUACGUCCAGGAACUCAUACCAAGACGCGACGCAGUUAUCAGCAGGUAUCAGGAGGCGUUUGUCCACGCCAUAGGCAAUAUAAUCUACGCAGUACAGCUCAUCAUGAGCGAUACAAGGGCUCGACAACAAAGCGUCAAACACCUGGUAGAGCGAUUCGUAAAGGCAGCUCAACUUUACGACUCAGCCGUCACGGAACCUUCUGAUCAUCCCGCAGAAGGAGCGAGCCAUAUCCCAAGUGAUGGCGGCGGUCAGCUGAGGCUCCUCGAGCCACAGAUAGACACACUGGCUAGACAUAUACCGGAAGAACUUGAAGAUCUCCGGCGGAGAGUCAACGAAAUGGGGUUAGAAACGCAUCACCUCGAGGCUCUGGCACGGGUGUUUCCCGACACACAGCACACAACAACCGCAACGGAAGCACUUGCAGCGGUUGCCAGAGAAGAGCAGGAGACGAACCAGCUCAUUAAAUUUGCGGCUGUUACAACCAUAUAUAUAAACAAGCUUGGACUUGUCGAUAGGGCAUCCGCAGGCGUCAUCUUGAUCACAUAUGCGGGGUUCUGUUCCCUCGCACCUUGGCUAUUCUUCAUCGGCGUCGAUCGUGGGGCUAGGCAAGGCUGUGACGUCAAACUCCUUUUCUUUUUCGCUCCUAUAAGUGUGUACAACCAUGCUUUUGCCAUCUGCCUCAAGGUCAUAGGCGUCAUCGCCGUGAUCCUUUGUCUGAUUGCCUUCGUUUGCGGUGUCAUAUUCCUCGUCCUUGCGGUGGUCCAAUUAUUCGAUGACAUGGCCGAGGAGGCAGCCAAAGAAAAAGGAAUACAAGCAAUGCAAGCCACUCAGCGUGCUUCUGAUGGCCGAACUACUCAACCAGAAUGCAACACGAUGGCGGUGCUUGCCCCGCGACAUGGGGGACACCAUCUUCAGGUCCUGCUCUACGGAGCAUUGUAUAUGCAGGAGGAAUCAGUGGAGAUGACAAUUCAGGUAAAUCACCUCACAUUGCCACCUCUGUUCAACUCUACUGGUCAGCUGAUUGCACUGUUCGUCGGUGGAUUCAUGCUCUUCGUGACUCUGUACAAAGAGUUGCUCUCCGCCUUGUACAGGUUUAUUUCCUGGUACAAUGGCGGGCACUGGAUUCCUGAGCUUAGACGAGUGAGAAAAUUGGGGAAUUGGUUUCAUAGGUUCCUACGUAGUAUGCGUCUAACCCAGCCCGCCGUUGGGAUCAGUGAUGUCGAGCGGACGACAGGAGGACAGGCUCAAAUUCUUGGCAAUAGGAUUGAGGAGAUUGGUGAAGGACCUUUGCCUCUACCGGCACCUAAUCCCGUCUAA